UCCUGAAGAUUAAGUCACGUGACGCUCGAUCAGCUGACAUCAUUGACGCUGAGGAAGACGACUGACAGCAUUAUGAUAAAAUUUCUCGAAAAACUACCAUCUGAAGAAUGUCCUAAACAGGUGAAUGAACAGCACUCUCUUCCACCGUCAUUAUUACCCACAACUGAGGUGCUCUUGAGGCUCCUGCAUGCCACAGCAAAAGUUUGCCCACUGCUCCAGCUCAUACACAGGGUGGUGGAUGGGGUGUGCGGCCGAAGUGAUCCAAGGCGAACAGAUUACGGUGAACGGUGGAGUCUGAAAGAAUGGGUGGAGUUAAUGAACACUCUCUCUUCUUUUAUCCGCUUUGCUGUAGGAAGGGGCUGUUCAGAUCAAGAGAUCCAGGAGCUGCUGAGUGAUUUGGACAAGGCACAUGCUGAGGCUGUUCUCCAGUGUGUGCGCUCCAGGUCUGAUGAGAUCAGACAUGCUUUGGUGGACAGAACCAAUGGCAUCUCAAGCACACAGCUUCAAGACUUCAACUGGCAGUUAAAGCUGGCAUUAUCCAGUGACAAGCUAUCAGCUUUAAACACUCCUUUGUUAAAUCUCAGUCUGGACCUGAAGGAGAAUGGAAUUCAGAGAACAGUGAACAUAGAAAUGAACAAAGAGGAGCUGCAGUCUCUCAUCAGUGCACUAGAGGCUGCUAAUAAGGUUGUGUUGCAGUUGAAAUGACGAUACCAGCGAAAGAUGGUUCUGUGGCAUCAUACUUUCAUACAGAGGAUUUCUUAGGUCUGUAUUAUGAGACAGUGCCUGCAUGUGGGCAAACAAACCUUAUGGACCAAACCGAAAACCUGUCGGUGUUUCUUCUUAGGGGUUCAUUAAGGACUGAAUAUUAUUGUUCAAGCUCCAUCAGUAUGGACCAUAGUUGACUUGAAGUAAUGGUGGCAGGGUAUAUUUUGCACUAAAUGCCUGCCACAGAUCUUGCUUUCAAUUCUCCAUGAAAUGCAAAUGCAUUUUAAUGUCACACCCCAAAAGGUUGCCUUUCUAAAUAAAGUAACUAAAAACAUUAAACAUCAA